AUUUGUGAAAGCAUUUAUUGAAGGGGAACAUAAUGAAAGGGACGGAACUAAAAGCUGAGGAUUGAAUUCAUCAUUUUGAAAAUAUCUAAACCACAGCAGUAGGCAAAAGCAAAACUCCUCUUCAGGCUACAGCAGCCAUCCAUGUAUAUAUUGAUAUGCAAAGUCUAUAAAUCUAGCUUUGCUUCCCCAUUCCUUCUUGUUUUCACACAGUGCGAGUUGAGGCAUAUUAAAGUUGCUUUUUCGCUGUCCAACGCCGAUGAUGAAUGUUUUUUCCGGCAAAAUCUGCGGUGAUUGCAGCCCUACUAGUAUUGUUGCUUCUUAUGGGGGCAUCUGCAUUGAGGCCAGUUGGUAAUACAACCUCUUUCAUAUGAUGUUUAUAAUUAGAUCAAAUCCAAUUAUGUCAAAGGCCUAGCUUCAAAGGCUUAUAUGCAGUAAUCUUUUCAUGGCAUGAAAUUCAAAUAGGGGGUGAGACAUAUGGCUCAAGAACAACAUUUUCAAGGAGAGAAGGUUGCUUUGGAAAUGGAUGUCAAAGAAUGUACAUUUUUCAUAACAAAGGCAGCCAAAUGGUGGGCUUGAGUUUGAGGAAGCUGCAGCAAUCUAGACUUCAGCCACCACCUGCGCCAUCCAAAAAUAAACCUCAUAUAUGGUUUGUUCCCCCAGCUCCACCACCUCCACCACAAUUAGCUCCCUAAAAAAUGUGCUUAUGUAUUUAUUGUAAUAUUUUCCUUUAGUGGAAUAAAGAGACCCAUUUAUAAAUCAAUCAUGCAAUUUGCUUUUCAAUAAGUACUACUCUUCGUAUAUCUUCUAUUUUCACAACAAUAAUUAUCACAACCCAUGUCUCAAGUUUGUAUCUUUGCCAUAACCCAUGUGUCAAAUUGAAUCUCCAAGCCUCUAACUUAGAGGUUCAAUGUUGCUUCAGUUCCAAUUGCUUCACCUGGACCUGUCCAAGGUUUACCAAUCUUUAUCAAGAACCAAACAAUUGCAUUCUUUGAUUAUCAAGACCCAUCUUUCCCCUGACCCAUUUUAUGCAACUAGAAUAGUAAGAUUCUAUGCAGUCAAUGGUGACCUUCACUCUGCACGUAAGGUGUUCGAUGAAAGUCCCAGCCGAAGUGUUUAUCUUUGGAAUUCCAUUAUUCGAGCCCACGCUCAAGCUCACAAAUUUGACCAUGCAUUUUCUCUGUUUAAUAGGAUGGUUAGAAGUGAAACCAAACCUGAUAACUUCACUUAUGCUUGUCUUAUACGUGCCUGCUCUGACAACUUUGAUUUAGAAGGACUGAGACUUAUGCAUUGUGGAGUUACAGUUUCUGGAUUGGGACUGGACUCAAUUUGUAGCAGUGCACUUGUUACUGCUUAUUCAAAACUGGGCCUUGUUGAUGAAGCAAGUAGGGUGUUUCAUGGGACACCGCAGCUGGACUUGGUAAUGUGGAAUUCUUUGAUUUCGGGUUAUGGAAAUUUCGGGUUUUGGGAUAAAGGGCUAGAAUUGUUUAGUAUGAUGAGAUGCAUGAAGGUAGUGCCUGAUGGAUAUACAUUUGUCGGGUUGCUUUCGGGUUUAAAAGAUUCGAGCUUGUUAAGUGUUGGCCAAGGAAUACAUGGUCUUUGUUUGAAAAGUAAUUUGGAUUCUAAUGAUCAUGUAUGUAGUGUACUUGUGAGCAUGUAUUCAAGAUGCAGGUGUAUGGACUCUGCACAUAAAGUUUUUAGUGGUUUGUUUGAGCCAGAUUUAGUUACUUGGUCUUCUUUGAUAACUGGGUAUUCUCACUCUGGAGAUUAUGAGAAGGCAUUGUUCUUCUUCAGGUGUUUGAACAUGGAAGGCAAGAAGGCAGAUCCUAUUUUGAUUGCCAGUGUGUUGGCUGCUGCUUCUCAGAUAGCAAAUGUAGCGCCUGGUAGUGAGAUACAUGCUUAUGUUCUUCGACGUGGACUUGAAUCAGAUGUCAUGAUUUCCUCUGCUCUCAUAGCCAUGUAUUCAAAGUGUGGUUUCAUGGGGAUAGGGACUCGUGUUUUCAAGAUCAUGCCAGAGAAGAAUAUUGUUUCAUACAAUUCAUUAAUAUUGGGUCUUGGUUUGCAUGGACUUGCCGCUGAGGCGUUUAGAAUGUUUAAUGAGAUACUGAGAAACGGAUUAGUACCUGAUGAAUCUACUUUCUCUGCUCUCCUUUGUGCAUGCUGUCAUUCUGGCCUAGUCAAAGAUGGCCGAGAAAUUUUCAGAAAAAUGAGAAAAGAGUUUGGCAUUGAAGCAAGAGCAGAGCAUUAUGUUCAUCUGGUGAAGCUUCUUGGGAUGGAGGGUAGGUUGGAAGAGGCUUACAAUCUGAUCUUGUCCUUGCCAGAACCAGUGGACAGUGGCAUUUGGGGAGCACUUUUAUCUUGCUGUGAUGCCUGUGGGGAUUCUGAGCUGGCAGAAAUUAUAGCUCAAAAGCUCUUUGAAAGUAAUUCUGAAAAAAGUGCUUAUACAGUCAUGCUUUCAAAUAUAUAUGCUGGUGAUGGGAGGUGGGAUGAUUCAAAGAAGCUAAGGGAUUACAUUACAGAAAGACAAUUGAGGAAGACGACUGGGGUUAGCUGGAUUAAAGGUUUCAGCCGUUCUGCAUGAUCAUCCAGCAGAGGCAGCAAAUGCAACUGCUUCAGUGUGGUGAGGGAUUGCAGACCUUCAGGUAACAUCCUCAACCGCAGACAACUGUGCAAGUGGAGGUACUUCAAGCUAGGUAGUGCUCCCUCUUCAAGUUCUGUCAACUCCUCAAGAACACGAGAAGCAAUGAUGAGAACCUCGAGCUUGGAAAACCCACCAGUACUACAGAACUCUUUCCCUAUUUGCUUUGCAUCAUAAGCCUGCCAAAGGGUUAAGUUUUUCAAGUUGGGUAGGACUUGAAGUACCAAUGAUGGGUUCUCAGACAAAUGGGAGAAGCCUAAUCUUAAGUUUGUGAGCCUUUCCAAGGAACCAAACCAAGCAGGCGGCUUUUCUAGGAUGCCUUUGAGGUGAAGCUUUUGAAGAAAUGGUGGAGGUGAGAAGGACUCCAGGAGAAUAAGUUGUCCCUGAGGGAAUGUGUGUUUUGCUUCUAAACACAAGGAAAGAAGGCCUUGCAUCUUCAUAAUGGAGGCAAAUAGCUCAAUGACAUUCUCCUCGUCCACAUCCAUCACUCCUAGUCUUCUGAGCCCUGUCAGGUUACCUACUUCAGCUGCAGUGCCACCACCAGCGUGUAUACCUGUCAGGGUCAGAAGAUCUGUGAGUCUUCCUAUUCCUGCCGGUAGCUUCAUCCCAGAAAUGCAUUUGUUCUUGAACAUCUUGAGGUGCCUCAACCUUACAAGAUUUAGUAUCUCAGCUGACAAGCCUGUUAAAUCCCCACACCAUCUAAUAUCCAAAGUUUGCAGGGCUUCUAAUCUGCCUAGCCCCUCUGGAAGUUCAUUUAUAUCCGUGCUUUUCAAGCCAAGAAACGUGAGGUGUAUUAGGCUUCCCACUUCAUCUGGUAACUUUUUGAUUUUGGUAUCUUGUAGCUCAAGCACUCUUAAAGUGUUCUCCCCAUCAAAUUGCAGCCAACUACCAUCAUGUUGAGAUAUAUUUUGAUUUGCUAGCAGGAACAAAGCAGUUAGUUGAAGAUUGUUCAUUUGGGAUAUGAGUUGUGUGAUGUCUGAACAAAUGAAAACCCCAAAGGCUGCAAAUUUUCCUUCCUUCAGUUGGUCAAGACAGAACUUUUGAAGACGACAGGGGACCCUCAAUUGAGUCCCUCUUGUCCGAGUGUAUUCAUCCUUUACUCAAAGCAGUCGCUGGUUGAUCAAUUCACAUACAUAUUCUUCUGCUACAUCCUCCAUAGUCCUCCCUGUUUUUUCUUGUAUCAAUCUUUGGGCUACUAGUAACCGGAUAAGUUUCCCUUUUGAAAGCUGGUAGCUCUCAGGGAAGAUGGAACAGUACAUUGCACAACUUUGAAGGUAAUAAGGUAACUCUCUGUAACGUAAUUGUAAUGGACAAGGCGAAGAAGGAGAAGCUGAUGUCUCACCUUUUUCACCGUUAUGGCUGUCCUUGCUUUCUUCCAUCUCUCCACUGGUAUUUUGAACAUAUAGUUCUACAAUCUCUCUUUGCAUAUAUAGAAGAGAAUGAUAGCAAUAUAUAUAGGUUGUUAGACCUUAUGUGUGAUAGGAUAUCUUAAAGGGAAGCUCAUAAAUGAACUUGCCACCUUGUUUUCUUAAUUAAUUUCCAGCCUGUUGCGGUCUAUUUCUGUUGGCCGGCAGCCUGUUGUGAUGGAUACUACAAAGCAUAUCGAAAACCAGUUUAUUAUGAA